ACUAGACUAUCAUACCCAAACCACACAAAAUCCAGACCACCCUUCCGCCGACUGUCACUGAAUUUUUAUUAUGAAAGAUUUUUAAGUUUUAUUUAUCAUAAAAAAAAAAACAUUUGAAAAAAAGUAAAAAUAUGGACAGUCAAGGACGACAAGUAGUUGUCUGUGACAACGGAACUGGGUUUGUAAAAUGUGGGUAUGCCGGUCAAAAUUUCCCUUCUUUUACAUUUCCUUCUUUGGUUGGACGACCUAUCAUAAGAGCUGCUCAUAAAAUUGGUGAUAUAGAAGUGAAGGAUCAACCAACUGAUGCUCGUGAUUUGAUGGUCGGUGAUGAAGCAAGUAAAUUGCGUUCCAUGCUUGAAGUUUCUUAUCCUAUGGAGAAUGGUAUUGUACGAAAUUGGGAAGACAUGUGUCAUAUUUGGGAUUAUACAUUUGGUCCAAAUCAAAUGAAUAUUGAUCCAAAAAAUUGCAAAGUUUUAUUAACUGAACCUCCAAUGAAUCCACUGAAAAACAGAGAAAAGAUGAUUGAGGUUAUGUUUGAAAAAUAUCAAUUUGCAGGUGCAUACAUUGCUAUACAAGCCGUUUUGGCUCUAUAUGCUCAAGGUUUAAUGACAGGAGUUGUUGUUGAUUCUGGUGAUGGUGUUACUCAUAUAUGCCCUGUAUAUGAAGGAUAUGCCUUGUCUCAUCUAACCCGUCGUCUAGAUAUUGCUGGGCGAGAUAUUACCAGAUAUCUCAUCAAGUUGCUCCUGCUUCGAGGAUAUGCCUUUAACCAUUCUGCUGAUUUCGAAACUGUAAGAAUGAUCAAGGAAAAGCUGUGUUAUAUUGGUUACAAUAUUGAGCAAGAACAAAAAUUAGCUUUAGAAACAACUUAUCUUGUUGAACCUUACACACUUCCUGAUGGUCGAGUCAUAAAAUUAGGUGGUGAAAGGUUUGAAGCCCCUGAAGCUUUAUUUCAACCUCAUUUAAUAAAUGUGGAAGGUCAAGGUAUAGCAGAACUUGUAUUCAACACCAUACAAGCUGGAGACAUAGAUAUAAGGCCUGAACUUUACAAACAUAUAGUUUUGUCUGGUGGAUCUACGAUGUAUCCUGGAUUGCCUAGUCGGCUAGAAAGAGAAAUCAAACAACUGUAUUUGGAAAGAGUUCUAAAAGGAGAAACUGAAAAGCUAGCUAAAUUUAAAAUCCGUAUAGAAGAUCCUCCUAGAAGAAAAGAUAUGGUCUUUAUUGGUGGUUCAGUUCUAGCUGAAGUAAUGAAAGACAAAGAAACUUUUUGGCUUUCCAGGGAAGAAUAUUUAGAGAAAGGACUUAAAGUCUUAGAGAAACUUGGUGCCAAAACAGCAUAAUUGUAAACUUUUUCCAUUGCAAUCAAAUCAUUGUGUAUAAUUUUGGGACCAUAGAAAUUUGUUUCCCAUUGAGUUUUCGUUUUAACAAAAAUCAGCCUGUUCAAAGUAACUGUCUGUCAAUUGAUGCAUUUUUUUUUACUACUGAUAUUCUUCUGGAAAUUAAAUGUCUUUCUUUUGCUAUUUCAUAGAGAUAAUUUAUAUUGAUUAUUUUUCACUGUUGGAUUUUAAAUGACUUGAUUUUUCUUGUUGUGUAAUAUAAUUUAUAUUAUGUUUUUCUGCUUUUUUUAACAUUUCUUCCCAAAUGAUAUUUCAUUUUUCUCUAAAGAGGAUGAAAUAUAAAGUAUGACUGAUUUCCACUAUUCUUAAGAGUUAUAUGUAUAUCAAAUAAAAUAGAGUAUCAACUUU